AUGAACAAUAAUGAGGAUCUUCGGACCCUCAGGUACACGAUUGAAGAAGCACUUAUAUUUUUCAAAUCAAGAUGUAUCUUUGAUCACCCCUUAUAUUUUGUAGAUCAAUAUUAUUACUUGUUCAGCGAGCCACCAGAGCCGGACUUUGUUUCGGAAAUUCAGCCUUACUUCCCGAUCCAAAUGCCGGUUGUUUCUCGCUGCAAUUGCGACCGUGACUUCCCUGAUCGGCCUCUUCCUCGAUGGUUUCCAAUCUUUUUCCAAAGCUUGGCCUGCGCUCCACACGAACAAGACGUGGUGGCGCUGCUUCUGAGCUCUGCAAAGUGA